AUGCAUCUCGCCACUCUGCUCGCCCUUGCCGCCACCUCCCUCGCCGCUCCACAACAAAGUCCACCGACCUACGGUUCCAAAAACUACUUCACCAUCCUCAUGACCGUCGGCUCAGGCACCACCGCUCGGAACAUCACCCUCAGCGCAUUCCCCUACAGUACACGCCACCUGUACCUAGUCGGCGAUGACCAGGCUCCAGCAGCAAAAGCCUACCUCACAGGCCCCAACCCCAACAAACAAGCCCUGCACCUCGACGUCGCCAGCGUGACCUACGGCGUCGACGUGGCGGAGAUCGGCAAUUCGCAGAAUGUCGCGGAGCCCGUGACGGCGACGCCUGGGUUUGAGGAGUUUGAGUUCCAGGCGAUUGGGGGACGGGUGUAUCAUGAGUUGUCGGCUGGGUCGAAUGUGUGGCUUGCUUGUGAUCGUCUCAUCGAUGGUCGAAACAAGCCGGUGUUAGCUUGGGGCGCGAUGGGUCGUGAUGGGUCUUUUGUGGAGGGUUGUUCGUUUGCUUCUGUUUAUCAGGAUUUCGGCGCCAGAAAUAAGAGCACUGACAACUAA